AUGGAUACCAUUCAAGAGCUCGCUUCUAAUUGUCGUGUGGCAACACCGAGCAAUACUGUGUUGCACUCCGAGUGUGCCUACACCUUCCAUUCGCCUUAUAGCAGUCAGAAGGGAUUGAUUGUGAAUCUCAAUACCUUCAUUGGCACUAUUGAACCGCUAGCAUUCAACAAUGUCUCGGAAGAAAAGGGAAUCUUUCUUCGCAUUAUCAAGAAGCGGGUCGAAAAGAAAGUGGAAGAAGGCAAGGAAGAAGAGAACAAGCCGACAAAAUUAGCCAUUGGCGUGGAUGGGGGCUUUGCUACAGACGAUGACAAAUACGAGACAAUUUCCACUUAUUCUGUGCUGGUCAUGGAGAAGUCAGGCAAAGUGCUAGUAGAAGAACCAUAUGAUGAGACGACCAAAGAGAAAUUCCCCGAAGCAGUCGUCAAGAGCGUCGAAUCUGUCAUCAAUCAUGUGGGCUUGGCCAUUCAACAAGACUUGAAGGCUUGGGAAAAUGAUGAAGAAGUCCCAGUGUCCAAGUAUGCAGCUGAUCUACCAUUUGUCGACAAUGGAAUUAGUAUUUCUCCUGACCCCAAGGCCUGGAAGUGCGAAAAGUCAGGUGAUACCGAAAACUUGUGGCUAAAUCUCAGUGAUGGAUUUAUUGGGGGCGGCCGCAAGAAUUGGGAUGGAAGUGGUGGAUCCAAUGGGGCUCUAGAUCAUUUCGAAGAGACAGGGGAAAAGUACCCGCUGGUAGUCAAGCUUGGGACCAUCACUGCCGAAGGAUCGACCAUUCAUGCCGAUUGUUAUUCUUAUGCCAAGGACGAGGAUGGACCUGUCAAGAUUCCAAACUUGACUGAAAUGUUGAUGAAGCGAGGAAUCAAUGCUGCCUCGUUGCAGAAGACAGAAAAGUCUACUGCUGAACUUGAAGUGGAGCUGAAUGCUAACUAUGCAUUUGAUGCCAUUACCGAGAGUGGGUCGAAGCUCAUCUCGGUUACUGGUCCAGAAUUGCAAGGCUUGCAGAAUCUUGGUAACUCUUGCUACCUAAACUCUAUCGUUCAAUGUUUGGCUUCUCUUCCCGACGUCAAAGCCAAAUACGGAACCGUCCCAGAGGGUGAUAUCACAUCACACAAAUUCUUUUCUGGUGUCACACCUCGAAAUGCUCCAAACGAGCUCCUCGUACAAACUGCCAGAUUGAUGAGUGCCUUGUCUAGUGGAGCUUUUUCUCUUCCCAAGGACCAGUUGGAUUCGACUGCUCCUGCCGACCCUAAGUACCGAUUGGCACCACGUAUGUUCAAGCAUUUGAUUGGCAAGGAUCACGUUGACUUCAAGACAGGCCAGCAACAAGAUGCCGCUCAAUUCUUGCAGUACAUGUUGGAGCAGUUGGAUCGCGCCGAAAUGAAACACGAUCGCAAUAUGCAAAAGACAUCGCAGUUAUUUUCCUUCCAGAACGAAUCUCGGUUGCGUUGUUCAUCCGACAACAAGAUCAAGUACAAGGAUAGCGCGCCCGAAACCAUUUGGAGCUUGAGGGUACCAAUGGAGCGAGCGGUUGUUUUGCCUAGCCCUGCCGAGCCAGAGCAAAAGAAGCUAAAACAAGAAGAUGAAAAGGUUGUCCCAACUGUUACUUUUGAUGCGUGCUUGGAUGGCUGGGCUUCAGAUGCGAUCGUCGAUGAUUACCGAUGGCCGCACUUGGGAAAUUCCAUCGCUGCGGCGACCGAAAAGACAAGAUUCAAGAACUUUCCCAAGUACUUGUGGGUCCAGAUCCAACGGUACACUCUGGGAGCCGACUGGCAACCAGUCAAGCUGGAAGUCAAUCUUGACAUUCCCGAAGAGUUGGAUUUGUCCGCGUACAAGGCAAAGGGGCCUCAAGAAGGAGAAGAUCUUGUUCCAGAGGAGUCUGACGCACCAGCAGCAGCACAACCAGAAAUUAGUGAGAUGGCGCUUGGUCAAUUGAUGGAUAUGGGAUUCGGUAUGAAUGGGUGCAAGCGUGCGCUGAUUGCUGUUGGAGGAAGUGACACAGAAGCUGCCAUGAAUUGGAUCUUUGAGCACAAUAUGGAUGCUGAUUUCAACGACCCACUCCCUGAAGGAGGAGCCCCAGCGGCCGGUGGUGCCAGCGACGGAGUCGAUUCUGCUGUUGCCCAAAGCCUGGUGGAUAGCUUGGGAUGCUUUACCAUGGAUCAAGUCAAGGUCGCGCUGAUGGAAACUAACGGAGCAGCAGACCGGGCUGCUGACUGGUUAUUUUCACACAUGGACAAUCUUGACGGAGCCAUUGCAUCCAUUCAAGACAAGAAAGCAGCAGCUGAUUCCGCAUCAAAUGUCGAACUUGACGACGGGCCAGGCAAGUACAAAAUGGUGGGAAUGGUUUCUCACAUUGGGAAGAACACUGGAAGUGGGCAUUACGUGGCCCACAUUAAGCGUGAUGGCAAAUGGGUCAUUUUCAACGAUGAGAAGGUGGCUCUCUCCGAGAACCCCCCUCUGCCGCAUGCGUACCUCUACCUCUACGAGCGUUUGGAAUCCUAG